AUGCACGCAAUGAGUGAUCCUGCGUCCCUCGCCGGAAUGUUACCUUUUGACUCCAUUGGGCUCUAUGAGCAGCCUAAACCGAGGUUUAUAUUUAAGAUGCCGCGAGUGGUUCCCGAUCAGAAGGCGAAGUUCGAAUCUGAUGAUCUCUUUAAAAGACUGAGCAGGGAAAGCGAGGUUAGGUACACAGGCUACCGUGACCGCCCCCCAGAAGAAAGACAGAUGCGUUUUACCAGCGGCUGUCGUGAGGGUCACACCGAAAUCGCCUUCACUGCCACCGGAACCAACCUCCAACUUGUAUUCGAUCAUUCGCCAUACAACAACCGGGGCUGUGACUUCCAGAAAGAAAACGGCAAAGCUCACAUCAUAUCCCGGUUCAUAAUGAAUGGAGUGUGCGUGAGAUGGCGGGGAUGGAUCGAUUUGGAACGUCUGGACGGUGCAGGGUGUCUUGAACUCGACGAAGAACGCGCCGCUAUUGAAGAUGCAGCAUUGCGUGACCAAAUAGAACGUUAUAAUCAGAGGCUGCGUGACUUUGAAGAUAAACAGCGCGCUUACAGAGAACACGGCGAGGAUAUGCGUGGUCACUCGCAGGGUGCGCUCAUAUCGUAA